CUAGCUGGCAAAAUUAUAAGAAAUCCUGCACUCAAGCGGGCAAUUUUGAACGCUUGUUUGUUUAAAAUAAAUGAUCGACCAUGACCGUUCAAAUCGUUAAGAUAGACAGACUCAUGACUAGCUGUGUAGCUAACGGUGUGACAGCAGGAUAAGCUAGCUGAUGGACACAAUUAGAGGUUGCCCCACUUGCUAGCUCCCUAGCUGGCACAUAAUCCAAAGCGGAGAUCGUUUUAAAUUCAAGGACAGGGUUGUGUUAGUGCAGUGUGUGGCAUUUUGAUUAGAAAUGUCAGAUUGUUGCGAUUAUGUAGUUAUGCUACUUUAUUGGUCGCAUUGUAUGUUACUGGAGUGACCCAAACCUGACGGCUCUCCCCGUUCAGUGAAUUGGUUUCGUCCGUAUGAUGGGCGGGGCCGUGUGGUGCAGCUCAGCCUGAAUCAGCUGCCUAGGAUUUCUGGUAUUCACCAGCUGCAGCGUUUUCUGCGUUUUACUGAAGUAGUACAACGCAAAAACAGUGGUUCAGUCUAGCUUAUGGAAACGGACCUACACAGAAAUGUGCGCGAACGUCUUCGGCAUGUUGAAAAGCCUGUUUGGGAAGCCCUUUGAUGGUGGGAAGAGGACAAUGGAUCAUGGCAGCCAACAGCAACAGCAACCACAGACCCAGUACAUGGCUGGGCCGUUCCAGGCAUACAUGGGCCCUCAGGGUCCGUACCCUGGGCCCCACCCCACCCUGGUGCGCCUGGAUGAGCUGCAAAGGGAAGUGGUGGCAUUAGGACAGCAAGUGUUUUCCUUCAGCGGCCUGCAGAGUGACAGAGAGUACAAACGACUCGAGCGGGAGCUGGCACGACUCCAGCUGGAGGUGGAUCAGGUGGAGACGGAGGGACGGAUGGAGCUGCAGCAGGCUCGGAAGAGGGCAGCAGGGGAGGUGGAGGGGUUGUUGCGCUACCUGGAGGGUAAUGCUACUCACCCAUCUCGAAUAGCUAUAGAGGAGCUGAGCCAGGAGACACAGAGGCUCCUUCUAGCAGGGGUAGUGGCUCCAUUUCGGCAAGGACAGGCUCAGGAUGCAGCUGAGACUGGUGAGGACCUUGUGGAGGCUGUGCAGGAUGUGGCAAUGCGCCUGGCCCAGAUCAAGACAGGAGGAAGUGUGCCGCUCAGGAAGGCCCGUUAUCGCGCUCUUACCCGCGUCUGUGCUGUACAGGAUGUGCUGGAGGGCCGUGUUCGCACGCACACACUUGCACUGCCUCUGUCUGAGGAGACCCAUGAGGCCGUGCAGCGCAUCAAUCAUGUGAUGGUGCAGGUGAGUGGUGCCCGCUGCCAGCUGGUUGCUCUGCUGAUGGGGUUGAGUGGCCGGGAUAGCUGUGCCCACCUAGCACGUGUCCUCACUGAGCUGUUAGUGGAGCUGGAUGCACUGGACGUGUCCAGUAACACAGCCGUCAGGAACUACAGGAAGCAGGUGGUGGAAGAGAUCAACGGUCUCCUUAAACACCUCGACCUGGAGGGGGAGGGAGAUGACACUUGCAGGUAUGACUUGACGCAGAAUGACUCCAUCCGUGAAAUUGAGGCCAUCCGAGGACGUGUGUCUGUGCUGCGGGGAGAGGUAAUGAGACAGGGUAUAGCAGGCCAGGGGUUGGAGCUUCAGAGUCUUCUAACACAUCUGGACCAAGUGGACACCGGACGGAACCCCUGCAUUCGAGAGGCACGGCGAAGGGCUGUGCUGGAGAUCCAGGCAGUCAUCACCUAUCUUGACCUCCGAGAAGCCCUCGGCCGCCGUAACCCGGGACCAGAUGAAUCCCCACCUCACACGGCUGUGUGGCGUGUCCUUGCCAGCCUCUCUGAGCUGCAUUUCCAAGUGCUCGGCUUUGAUGGAAAGAGAGCUGACAAGAGCUACAUGGUGCUUGAGGAGUUGCUGACCAAGCAGCUUCUGGCUCUGGAUGCCGUGGACCCUCAGGGGGACCAGGAAACAAAAACAGCACGUAAACAAGCAGUCAAAUAUGCCCAGAACAUCCUCAGCUACCUGGACAUGAAGACAGAUGAGUGGGAAUACUGAGAAAGAAAAUAGAAUAAAAGCAGAAUACUGGAAAGAUUCACUUGCACAAAGUGCUUUGAAAAUGUUUUGUGCCUAGUUAAUGGCAUGGUGGCGGAGGACUUGCACAAGUCUAAUUUGUAUAUAAAAGACUUUGUCCUA